AUGGAUCAGACCCAGCAGUGUGUGGCCAUGUAUCUGCUGGUGCUCUCCCUCGGACUCCUCACGGAAAGGGGGGUUUGCCAGCACUACUACCUCCUCCGCCCCAUCCCGAGUGACAGUCUGCCGCUGGUGGAGUUAAAAGAGGACCCGGACCCCGUCUUCGACCCCAAGGAGAGGGACCUUAACGAGACGGAGCUGAAGAGCAUCCUGGGGGACUUUGACGGCCGCUAUUUGUCCGUGUUGCCCCCCGCGGAGGACAAGUACACCGGGAACGACGAGCUGGAUGACUCCGAGGCGCAGAAGGGCGGCGUGCUGCCCAAAGACAUCCGCGCGGUGGACUUCGACGUCCAGUUCGGCAAGAAGCACAAGCCCAGCAAGAAGCUGAAGCGGCGGCUGCAGCAGUGGCUGUGGGCGUACUCGUUCUGCCCGGUCGCGUACACGUGGACCGACUUGGGGAACAGGUUCUGGCCUCGGUUCGUGCGCGCGGGCAGCUGCCUGAGCAAGAGGUCGUGCUCGGUCCCGGAGGGGAUGGUGUGCAAACCGGCGAGCUCGACCCACCUGACGACACUGAGAUGGAGAUGCGUGCAGAGGAAAGGGGGACUCAAGUGCGCGUGGAUACCGGUGCAGUACCCGAUCAUCACAGACUGCAAAUGCUCCUGUUCGAGUUAG